UAAAGCUAACAAUAUAUUAGCAGUGUCUUGGCCAGAAAAGAAUAGCAGCAUAUAUAUAACAUAGGUGAGAAAGAAAGAGAAGAAAAUGGAAAGAGUGUUAUCAAUUGCUGAAAUAACGGAGCAAUAUUGGUUGACCUCGAAAGCGUGCAAGGGAGGAGACACAAAGAUGAAUCGGAGUGAUUCAGAAUGGGCUUUCCAAAAGUUUUUACGUGAACAAGAAGCUGCUGAAGAAGCAGAAGCUGCUACUGCAAAGCCUUCUUCAUCAUCAACUUCAACUUCAACUUCUUCUUCCACCGUUGAUGUCAAUCUCAAAAUCAAUAAUAGUAUUGAUUCAGAGGAUUAUCAGGCUCUUCUCAAGACCAAGCUUGAUCUUGCUUGCGCCGCCGUCGCUAAGUCGAGGGGAUCUUUGGUCAAAUCUCAGGAUCCUGAUAAUGGAUCACAGCCAUCUUAUCCUUAUGAACUUGGACCUCUGGCUACAUUGAAAGAAUGUGGCCCUUCUGGAAAUGAUCCAUCUAAAUUACAAAAUAAAGAUAUCAAAGUUGCUGUUGGGGUUCCUUGCAUGCCAAAGAAACCAGCUGUUACAAUCAAGUCAACAACAAGUGGAUCAUCAGACGAUGAGGAAGGUGAUGGAGAGAUUAAUAUGAAUGGAGACAACCCUACUGAUGCAAAACGAGUAAGAAGGAUGCUCUCUAAUAGGGAAUCAGCUAGACGCUCAAGACGAAGAAAGCAAGCUCAUUUAACUGAGCUUGAAACACAGGUUUCUGAAUUAAGAGGUGAAAAUUCUUCAUUGUUAAAGCGUUUAACAGAUGUGACCCAAAAAUUCAACAAUUCUGCUGUUGACAACAGAAUAUUAAAAGCUGAUGUUGAAACAUUAAGAGCGAAGGUGAAGAUGGCUGAAGAGACAGUUAAAAGAUUUACUGGAUCGAACCCGGUGUUUAAUGCAAUGUCUGAGGUAUCAUCAAUGGGAAUGUCAUUAUUUGAUGGAAGUCCUUCUGAAUCAUCAGCUGAUGCAUCUGUGCCUGUGCAAGAAGAUCCAAAUAAUCACUUUUUUCAACCCUUACCUAAUCAUCUUAUGUCCAGUCAUGAUAUGAGAGGAGCCAAUAAUAGAUCGGGAAGCAUUAUUUCUUCAGCUGAAAGUGGGCAGAACACCCCAGCAGGUGGGAACAAGAUAGGACGAACAAAUUCCCUGCCACGGGUGGCUAGCUUGGAACAUCUUCAGAGUCGAAUUCGUGGUGGUGCCGAAGAAGACAAGUGAUAGAAUAAUUUGAUUACAUAAUGUUUUCAUGAACACAUUGUUUUGAGACAAUACUUUUCUUUCCUAUUUGAAAGUUAAGGCCUAUUCUUGUUGACUUUUGAGCUAGUCUAAUUUUUUUAACUGGGGAAAUUCCUAGAGUUAGGAAUUAGGAUAGCCAAUAGGCCUUGAGAGAAACAAAUUCUCCCAGAAGCAUGUUUGGAGCAUAUAUUGUUGACUUUGUAAAUUGUUUUUAUGUUUCUUGAUUAAUCUUGAUUGAGAAUGUUUAAUUAAUCCAUGACUGAUGUGUAACUUAGAUUAAUUAGAUAUGAUGGUGACAAAUGAAAUGAGUAUUUAUGUACUCACUAAA